CCUUCAUUGCUGCUAGUGGGAGAGGGAAGGGAGCUUUGGAUGGAAGCUUGAAAGAAAGCUUUGAAAGGUGGACUCCCCCGCAUCACGUGGCUGAAAUACUAAAGCAUAUAAAAGCAAGCAUACAACAACAUGGCCUUUGCCAAUCCCAAGAGGGGAGUGAGUGAGGACAGAGAAAGGAACCGACCAGAGUGAAUUGCAACAAGUCCCGGCCAAUCUAGAGAAAACCCCCAACUUCUCUUCAUUGAGGGACUUCUGGUUAAACAGUCGCGUCAAAGAAUAAGCGGAGAAUUGCGCCAUAUAGAUAAAGAUGUUCAGUGGGGAAAAGAUCGACCAGUGAGUCAACUAUGUUCAAUGAUCAGAAUAAAUACUAUUAACCUGACCGUGAUACGGGGAAACAGCCCCUCCCCCGCCGUCAACUUGAGGGAACUCAUCUCGUAGCGUAAAUUCACCGUGCCCAUCGUUUUGAGCCAACCAUGCCUCUGCACGGUAGAUACCGCAACCUCGACGUACAACCAGAUGAGGCAAUGCCUUUCGAGGCAUUUCAUCUCGACUUGCUGGCCGUUGACAUGCAGCGGUUGUUUCUGCAAUUGCUGCAUGAGCGGGCGAAAGACCCGAAAGACCGGGUCUUCGAGUUGGAAGAUCAGGAUGUGCCCCAGUUUCUCCAUUUCUGCUCGGAGGUCGUGAACGUCAUCCACGACUUAGAAGAGGACUGGCUUAUAGCUGAGAUCCGGGAGAUGCUCGAGCAUGUCUGCCUCACGUGGGCCUAUAUGCGUGGUUCCCUCGACCGAGCGAGGAGAGCUGGGCUCCGGCGACUGAACGAUUCGCGCCGGGGGCUCCACACCUACGACCGGGCCUGGGCCAAAGGCAUUGUCAAAGAGCUGGCGCGGGUGACCAGCUGCAGCGCGCAUGCCGCCAUUGAAGCCUUGGUACGCGCCGCCCUGAAGCCCGAAGAUGUCGCACGGCUGCACGUAGAAAAACGACCCAUCCCCCGGCGGACCGAGGAGACCGAGUGCACGAUCUGCGGCGGAAAGCUGGGGAAGAAGCCCGUCUGGUGUAAGACGCAGUGUGGCCAUAGUUUCUGUUUCCACUGCAUUGAUUCGUGGCAUGAGGAACUCUAUGAAAGAGACUCCAUGGCCAACUGCCCUUACUGCAGACAACCGUGGCCGCAUUCUCUAUCCUCUUACCGCACGUAG